ACAGUAGGGCACGAAAACAUUCACUAAUGUGUCUAAUGUGCUGUUAGCUGCCUGGUCCAGCCUUUUUGCUACGUAGCCUUCCUGCUAACUUAUAAAACUUAAACUUAGAUUAACUAGCAAAUCACUUGGUGAAUCAAAUCUUUUUUAAUAACUUAAAAACAACACCCAAGUUACACAAUUGAGCGUGCUUUUUGCUGUUAACACGUGGAUUGUCACCCUGCCAUGCAACAUUCAGAUUGAACUUCCUUUCCUGAGUCAGUACUUGUGUAGAAGCAUGCUUGUUGAGUUGUUGAAAAAACAUUACAAUGUGACAGCUGACCUAAAGGAACUUCACUCUUAAAUAUUCCUUCUAGACUCAACCCAUACAGAAAUCUGAUAUAUAGCAAUAAUUGCAAAGCAUAUGAAAUAUAUGUUCAUAUAUGGGUUAUAAAAAAAGCUGCAAACUUGCACUUAUAUGCAACAUAUAUUUCAAAAUAUAUUUCCCCAAAUACUAGUUGAAUUUGAAUGGACAUAUAAGGUAAAAUAUAUACUAUAAUUUUUUACAUUUUCAAAUAUAGCCAUUUUUUUUUUUUUUUUCAUUUGUUGAGGGCCAUUAUUAUUAUUAUUAUUAUUAUUAUUCAAUGGUUGACAUAGCCUACAUGAUGUAAUACAAUUUAAUGGGACCAAAAUGAGAAGUAGCCUACAUAAAAUUGCUGAAACAUUUUAAGCAAUUUACUCAUUGCACUUACAGUAUUUUAUAAUAGUAUGUGCAUUAUCAAUUGCCAAGAUUGUUAUUUCCAUCUGCAGAAUGGCCAGAUACCAGUUGAUAUACACUGCCCAAAAAAAAAAAAAAAAAGUUGCAUACUCUAAUAUUUCGUUGGACCACCUUUAGGUUUGAUUACGGCACGCAUUCGUUGUGGUAUUUUUUCGACAACCUUAUGCAACGUCACAACAUUUAUUUCCAUCCAGAGUUGCAUUCAUUUUUGGCCGAGAUCUUGUAUUGAUGACGGGAGAGUCAAACCACUCCGUAAAGUCUUCUCCAGCACAUCCCAAAUACUUUCAAUGGGGUUAAGGUCAGGACUCUGUGGUGGCCAAUUCAUGUGUGAAAAUGAUUCCUCAUGCUCCCUGAACCACUCUUUCACAAUUUAAGCCCGAGGAAUCAUUGUCAUUGUUAACAUUGUCAUCCUGGAAUAUGCCCGUGAAAAAAAUCCAUUGAUGGGAUAACCUGGUCAUUCAGUACAUUCAGGUAGUCAGCUGACUUCAUUUUAUUGCUGCAUAACGUUGCUGAGCCUAGACCUGACCAAUUGAAGCAACCCCAGAUCAUAACACUGCCUCUAGAGGCUUGUACAGUGGGCACUGUGCAUGACGGGUGCAUUGCUUCAUGUGCUUCUCUUCUUACCCUGAUGCACCCAUCGCUUUGGAAUAGGGUAAAUCUGAACUCAUCAGACCACAUGACCUUUUUCCAUUGCUCCACAGUCCAAUCUUUAUGCUCCCUAGCAAAUUGAAGUUGUUUUUUCCGAUUAGCCUCACUAACAAUUGGCUUUCUUGUGGUCACACAGCUGAUUAGUCCCAAUCCUGUAAGUUCUCGUCACAUUGUGCAUGUGGAAAUGCUCUUACUGUCACUAUUAUACAGCCGUGAGUUCUACUGUCUAUUUUUUACGAUGUGACUUCAGCAAGCUUUUUAGUGAUCUCUGAUCACGAUCAUUCAAGAUUUUUUUCUGACCACAUUUCUUCCGUGAAGCUGCCGGUUCAUCACUAUCCUUCCAGGUUUUAAUCAUGUGUUGGACAGUUCUUAACCCAAUUCCAGUGAUUUCAGAAAUCUCCUUAGUUGUUUUCUUUGCUUGAUGCAGGCCAAUAAUUUGCCCCUUCUGAAACGUAGUCACAUUUUUUCCACGACUACAGGAUACGUCUUCCGACAUGGUUGUUUGAGAAAUGAGAAGCUACGCACUGCAUCAGUUAGGGUUAAAAGAAUUGUUGCCAGCUGAAACAUAUUAAUCACUGCAAUAAUAAUCCAAUCACUGGCUCUUAAGUAUCUGCUUAUUUAAAUCCAAACAGCAACUUUUUUUUUUUUUUGGCUAGGCAGUGUAUCAGUCUACCACUAAUUCUGCUGUCCACAUUCUUGGUUGUUCAGUGACCUACCUUGUGAAAUUGAAUGUUAGCAUGCUAAAUACAUGUUGGUUUGAAGCACUAAAGAGUGAAGUUUAGUAACUAUGAUAUGGUUAGCACAGCAUUUACUCAACAAAGCAAGCAAUCAAUUUCAUGUGUGACAUCUACCUGUCCUCAUCAUUAGCUGGAGCUCCACUCUUCACCAUGAUGGUCCCCCAAAACUCCAACAUAACAGAAACUCUUAACAAAACAUUAAACACUAACAAGUAUUCCUCUUUAUAUUAAUCCAGCAAAAAAACACAUAAAAUAACACUUAAUUUUAACAUAUACUCUCCCUAUCUUAUCCCAUGGGGCAUGCUGGGAAAUAGAAAUCCAUUGCCCAGUUUCAUCAGUGCUACAUUAACACCAGUAUUCAUGUAGUCCCAAUUCAAAUGGAUUAAGUAAACCUCCAUUUUACACAUUUAAAUGGAUAAAACACAAUAAAAUCAAGUUGUGACAAUGUUCUAGAAUUGUGUUGCUUUAGUUCAUUUUAACUAAGUACACUGAACAAGCAGCAAAGAUCUUUUUUUUUCAGGUACACUUGAAACUCAGCAUGACAUUGCAAAUAAAUUAAUAUGCUUACAAAUUCUGUUCUUAUAAAGGAACAAGGGGUUAUUUCUAUUUUCUCCCCUGGUAUGUUUGGUUUUUCCAAGGUGUAAUGGCAGUCUCAUGAUGUUGAGUGCAAAUGCCAGAGUGUUUUCGUGUUAUGGCAGCACUAGUCUUUGGGCUAGCUUCAGUCUGGGCUUUAAAACAACAGUUCAUUCAAACACAAGCUUGCCGGUUAGUUCACUGAACAGAACAGUCCUUUUGAUCCAGUGCCUUAUUGUUGAAAUUCUAGGUCUGUCUCUGUCAGCCAGUACUCAUAGUUUGUGAUGGUGAGGCAAAAAAAGUUAAGGUUAGUGUCAGUGCUGAAAAUUUGCUUGCUCAGUAUCCUAACUUGGUCGUUUUGGGAAACCUGUGGCUGAAAGUGAUCUGUCACUGUGCCAGAUUGGUCUCUGCAUGUAUUCUGUGGGACUUGCGUAGUCUAUUGUCACCAUUUCCUUAGUGGCUGCCAGAUUUAACUCAUUCACUGGUCACCAUAGCGCUACGUGUUUCAGAUGCACAUACUACGUCUCUGGAGAACACAUAGCCACAAAGACUGCAAUGACCGGCCAGAGUGCCCUGCUCUUCACCUGGAAGAAACUGGGUUAUAAUUAGUUUGUGAUACUUGUUCUGAGAUCAGAGAAGAGAUCGGCUUUAAUAGGAAAAGUGGCAGAUUUGUUUUGUAAUUAUGUAUUUAAAGAACACUGAGUUAAACUAAAAUCACUGAUUCUUGAGAUAAGGGGCAAAACAUGUUUUUAUUUUUUAAUACUAAAUAAAUCUGAAAUGGAUAUAUUUGUAGACAAUGGUCUCACCUAACAAACGAUGUAAGGGAACAGGUUUUUAUAAAAACGCGUUUGUUUUUCGUUUUUUUCUGAAAAUUGACAUUUAUUCACUUCAUAACUUUCAGACACAUAAAAAAGCAUGCUAUUUUAAUUUGAUUCAUCCAACAAGUGUAAAGUCUUUAACUAAUAAUAUUGUUCAGUAAAGGAGUUAAGUGAUUAAGUACAUUCAAUAUAUAUAUAUUUGAAUUGAUUUUUUUUUUUUCUGUUUUCAUACUAUUCUGACAAAAUUUAAUAUUUUUCCAUCUUAACCAUGUGUUGUACACUGGAGCCAUUUUUUUUCCCCCUCAGUUGAAGAUGCCUCUAUAAACUAAACUAAAAUACAAAAAUUGAUCUCACAAUUUUAACAGAAAUUAUAAUGAGAAUGACGGAGUUGACAAGUUGAAGCUGUGACUGCAGAGACUUUAAAAAUAUGAAAAAUGUACAGAAACGUACCGUUGGUAUCAAAUGCACCAGACCACGUGUCCUACUGUUGCAUCCACCAUGAGCAGGAAGUGGGAAAGGGGUACUCGGAGUUAAAGCUGCUCAGGACAUUUUCUGAUUUAUUCAGGAUUUUAAAAAAAUCUGACGGAAUUGACGCAAAGUGAGGACACAACUUUGAUUGGUGGUUUUUUAUGGAAAAUAUAAUUUAAAGUUUUCUUAAUGUAUUGUUUGAUAUCUUACAGAUCCCUACCUUUCAUUUGAUAUUUAUAUUUAUGAAUUUGUUGCAUUUUUAAACACUUUGUUUAGCAUUUUAACAUUGUGACCUCUUGCUGAGGACAGGUUAAGUUACAUGUGCUUCCAAGUAUAGAGCAUGCAUUUUAAAAAAUUCUAAUGAAAUUAUUUAAAAAUAUAAGUAAAAAAUGCCCUGAGUAUACACAUUUCCUUUAGAUUUAACUUUUCUAGUAUUUUUAUUGUUAUACAUUUCUUGAUUUUUAAAAUAAAGAUGACUUUUUUUUAUGUAAGACAUGUUUUGUCCCUUAUCUCAAGAAUCAGUGAAAUAAUAAAUGACCCCAUUUACCUACUUGAUACAGAUUUUACAAUUCACAAGCUUUCCAUUUCGAUUCAAUAUCGAUCCAUAUGAGUAUAUUUCAGUUAUAAUGCCACGUUUGUUUACAUAUGAAAUAAAUACUUUAGCAGAAUUAAGUUGAGGUCAUCACUUCCUUCUAUAACACUCUAACAAAAGAUACAGUUUAAGGCUUGGAAUGAUUCAUCUGUCAGGCCUGUAAAUCAUUUGUCAGAAAACUAGAAAAAGAUAAAAUCUUUAAAAGUUUCUUCAAGAACAAGAGAUACGUUUAAGGUUUAUGUAGUAAUGAUGAAUAUGUUGAUCAGUGACUGCUUAGAUUCUAUUAAUUAUUUUAAAGCACAUCAGAAUGUUUUGAGCUCUGUGUUGUUGUAUUGUAAUUGCAAAUCUUUUGUAAUGUUAAAAAUGCUACUCAAACAUGAUGUUGCAGUUCAGUUGCUGGAAAACUUGUGCUAUUGUAAUAGCACAGACUGGAAUUUCCAGUGUGUGGGAAACUGUGGAGGACUUGCCAACUGUGUGAGAUUUAUGUCACUUCCUGGAGUACCUUUAUGGAUUAUUUCAGGAACCUUGGCCGAUGCAGUCAUGCUAUUCCAUAUUUGACCUUAUGUGAAGCAUCACAAUCACAUUGCAUCAUCUGACUGUGAACAUUUUUUAGUCCAAUUUGUGAAAGGGGUCAGUUCACUUCAUAAUUUUUUUGAAACCCAGUCAACCUGAAUAUUAUAUUAUUGCAAUAUUAAUAAUGUUAAGAAAUUAUUAUAGAAAUAUAUUAUUAUAUAAUAAUAAUUUAUCAUUAUAACUAUUCUAAUUUAUUAUUAUUUAAUAGUAAUUUAUUUCUUUAAUUCCUUAACUUACUAUGCAGUCCCGGUAAACCCUCAAGCCUUUAUUUCGGUGGAAGCUUUUAUUUUGAAAACUGAAGGGACGGAAGUUUAUGUUGUUUGAAGUUGAGUUUACAACAGCCUUUUAAUGCAGUGAAAUGCUCUCAUCUGCCUUGCUGUCAACAAAAACUCGCUCUCGUGGGGUUAUUUUAAAUGUGUUUAGUAAAUUGCAGCUGCCAAACACAGAGGCAUGUGAAAUUACACACAUACAAUUAAAGUAAACCUGGGGCGCUUUAAAUAAUGCGCUCAGUGCACGUUAGCACACCUAACUGAACUCUGAGCACAUCUCGUCACUUAGGGCACCAGACAGGUAGAGUUUGUGUGUAUGGAGCACAGAACCACUCUGAAACCACGUGUAAUACAAUGAUCCUGUUUACAUGCAUUUAAGAAAGCACUACACAUUACAGACAGAACAGCCGUGCACAUAGAUGCAGAACAGCAGGCAGCGUGUUGAUAUUUAAUUUAAUCACAGCUCUCACAGUUUGAGAAUUGCACUGGGUCAUAUCGCGAUUUCAGUUGUUCAGCCCUAUACGAGAGGUAUGAAAAACAGUCUAAAUAUAUUUAAAAACUAUAAAAACAAUAUAUAUACAAUAUUUUUCAUGUCCAUGGUACAUUUUUUUAAGUUUGGUGAUGUGUGGAUUGAAAACUUCUAAUAUACAUGUAUGAGACUCUGUUUUCUCCUGUUUUACUUGUCAAUGCUUUUUAGAAUGUUUUUUUUUUCUCUAGUUCACAGAGGCAUUUUGGUUUUCAUAUAGUUUUCGCAAAAGAGAAUUCAUCUGUAAUGGAUAUCAUGAACAUGGGCUUGGGAUAACUUUAGUAAACCUUUAUUAGUCAACACCACUCGCUGCUGCAUCCACAGAUGCAAGUUAAGACUUUACUAUGGAAAGCAGAAGCCAUACAUCAACACUGUCCAGAAGCACUGCCGACUUUUCUGGGCUCGGUCUCAUCUUAGAUGGAAAGUAGAACAGUGGAACCGUGUAUUUUGGUCUGAUGAGUCCACAUUUCAAAUGAAAAACACAGCCUCCGUUUUCUCCGGGCUGAUUAGGAAAAGGACCAUCCAAGCUGUUAUCAAAAGCCAGUGUCUCUAUGGGCCCACAUGGCAUGGGUAACUUGCACAUCUGUGAGAACACCAUUAAUGCAGAUAGAUAUGUAAAAACUUUUGAGCAGCAUAUACUGCCAUCCAGCACCGUCUUUUCCAGGGACGUCCCGGAAUUUCAAACCACUUCUGGCCGAAUAAGCAGAGAGUGCGGGUGCUGGAUUGGCCUGUCUGCAGUCCUGACCUGUCUCCAAUUGAGAAUGUGUGGUGCAUUAUGAAGCACACCAUACAGCAACGAAGACCCUGUACAUUUGUGCAGCUGAAGACCUAUAUAAUGGAUGAAUGAGGGAAAAUUUCACUUUCUAAACUUAACAAACUUGUGUUUUCAGUGCCCAAAUGUUUAAAAAGUGUUAUUAGAAGAAAUGGUGAUGUUUCACAGUAGUAAACACUCGACUGUCUCAACUUUUUUGGAGUGUGUUGCAAUCAUCUGAUUUGAAAUUACUGUACAUAAAAAAUAAAUAAAUAAAUAAAAAACCACAAUGAUAUUAACAAGGUAAAACAUCAUAUAAUGUUUAGUUGUUGUGCUUCCAAUAUAGCAAAGGGUGAAAAUAAUUUACAUAUCACUCCUUUUUGUUUUUAUUAGCAUUUUUCAUACUUUCCCAACAUUUCAAAAUUGGGGUUGUACAUUAUAUUAACAUUAUAUCAUGAAAUUUUAUAUAAAAUAAUGAUAUGAGCUAUCUCUGUUUGAAAUAAUGUGUACAAUUUACAAGUAAUAACACUGAGUUUACAUUCAUUUGUAUAAAAAAAACACUAAAAAGGUAACUCACUAUAUGGCCCUGUUUCCACCUGGUAUUAAGAUGCAUUUCGGGUCAUCCGAUCUAGGGCUGUCAAAUUAAAAUUAAAAGUUCUAAUAUUCAUCAGUUUAAGAAAAAAAAAUGCACAUUCGAAUGCUAAAACUGUGAAUUUGAAUUUUGGAUUUGUUCCAAGCACUGGCGAUGACUUCAGAUCGAUUGCAUUCUUGCGCUAAAAAAGGCUAGACACAGCGCAACAGAUACGUACAGUUGAACAGAAAGCAGGUGUCUCAAUAUGCUUUUUAAAUGUCUUUUUAAUUAGACACAGCAUCUAAAAAACAGCGCUCCUGCACGAGACGGUGAAUAAACAAAAACAAAGGGAAACAAAGACGUUCGUCUAGCACGCGUUUACAUAGAAAAACAAAUGGAUGGUUGCAAAAGUGUUUGGUGUGAACAGCCCCUUACAGUAGGUGGAGGUCUUUGGCCAUUGCGUCUUGCUGCCUUAAGCCUUUCUCAGAUUAAGAAAUGAGUUGUUUAAAUGCUUUGCCAGGGAAGAUGUUCAACUUGGAAAUGUGUGUCUCGAGAUUCUCAUGUUUGGUUCCAUUCUGUUGUGUUCUGUCUGUUUGAACAGCCCCUGGCCUGGGCUCAUAGUCUGAGUUCAACCGAAUACCACUGCUAACUGGGAAUAUUGCUACCCUACAUACACUGUAAUGAAUAAAAAACAAUGUGGUAUUUCACUGUUAUUAUGAAGUUUGAGUCGGGGGUACUAUACUGUGGCAUCAGUAAGUCUAACACCAUGUGAACUAUCUGUUGAAGCGUCCCCCCCCAUUUUUCUUUUGACUUAAUAUUUGAAAAUAUUAAAAAGAUUUGAAUAUUAUUUGAAUUUUGAAAAUAUUUCAGGUAAAAAUUCGAACUUAAUUCUGCCCAGGUGACAGCCCUAUUCCGAUCACAUGUGGUCAGGUGAGACACAUGGCUGUUUACACCUGGUCGUUUAAAUGCAUCUCCUGUGACCACUUGUGAUUGGAUUUGGAGGGGAGGGUCCCUGUUUCUUGACACCAUAAAUGAAUCACCAUGUCACUGUGUUGCUGCAUAAUAAUAUGCGCAACAAAGUCAUAGAAGAGAAAGAAACCGUGGAAAAAAACUGCACUUUGUUUCUCCCUGAUGCGGUCAAGCACAAAUGCAACAUGUCAAGCAGAAUUAGCUGUUAUUUUAGUGUUUCCUUUAUUUAAGGAGCUUCAAGUGUUCAUGCUUGUCACCUGUGUUGAUAUCAGACACACUAAAGAAGAUUCAUGAAGCUCUCGUGAUUGUGUAUGUAUCCACUUUUUUAUUUUCUGAUCAGAUGGUUAUUUUCUUUUAAAGGAAUAGUUCAAUCUUCAUUUGUGUUCUGCUGAAGAAAGACAGUCAUACACAUCUGGAAUAAGUGAGAGAAUUAAAAUUUUUGGGUGAACUAUUCCUUUAAAUCUGCUUGUAAUCUGCAAAAUGUAUUUUUUCGAAUUUCUUUUGCGCAGCGGUUGAUUGACAGGUGAGGGGUCGUGCUUCUCUGCUGCCGAAACGCAUACAGGACAAAUUAGUGUUUACACCGCAUGCGAUCUGGUCACAUGCGUUUUUGACCACAUUCAUAUGUGGUUUUUGCGAUCCGAUCACAAAACGUUUUAGACCCCGUUUAGACCUGUAUUUAGGGCUGACCACAUGUGAUCGGAUCACCCAAAACACAUCUUAAUGCCAGGUGGAAACUGGACCUAAGAGUUCAAUGAGUGGCUCACAGUGUUCCGGUUCAAGGAACAUUAACGAGAAUAUCUUGGUUUCUUUAGCGCAUCCAUGCUGUGUGAGAUUAAAAUUGAUAUUUCUUUUUGCUUUUUUACCUGUAAAGAACAGUAAGGAUAAGUGGAGGCGCCUGAUUUUUGAUGGACACACAUUACACGGAGGAAGCAAUCCACUUUAAUCUCAAGGAUUUUCAUUAAAAAAAAAUACGAUUUUCCAGGUAUUUCAGUUUUUAAAUUUCUAAAAGCUAAAUUCAAGCACUUUAAGGAUCUUGUGUGAACCCUGUAAACAGUGCAGAAAAAAGUGCAGUAGUAGUAAAAUCAAGUGAUAGAUUAUGAUGUAUUAUUGUAAUUGGAAGCUAAGUCAUGGACAUUGCUUAAACGUGUAGUCAUUGCAAAACAGUCAGGAAGAAAUAUUGUGCUUCCAGAAGACCUUUCCUGCUAUUUCUACUAUCUGUUAGGGUGCUUCUGUGGGUGUCAUCGGAGCAUGUGAAAGUUCCUCAAAGGAUUACAAGGUUCUGUAUGGCAGUGUUUGUUACUAUUGUGAUGCUUGUACUGUAAGAGGCAGGGGUGAUUCAUAGAGAUGCAGCAAUGAACCAGACUUGAGAAACUGCAUGAAUGAUGGUUCUUUUCCCCUCCAGAUGUAACCCAAUAUAAGCGCAUUACAAUAAAACAGUUCAUUCACUUCAUUGGUGAACUGCACACGCAACACAAACUUUGUGCUCUUUGUGCAUAAAGUGAAGAAUUCAAUGGUUAAUGGUAACAUUGAGGUAUGGAUAUGGCCAUACUUGCAUAUGCUAUAGCCAUAUGCAUGUUUUGUUUAAUAAUAAUAAUAAUAAUAGUAAUACUGUAUAUUUAAUAAUAAUGUAAUGAUAAUUAAACUAGUAUAUGAUGACAUUGUUUUAGCCAUUUGUACCAUAUUAUAAAAGCAACACCAAAGACAUUUAUCAAAAAGUGUCCCAUUUUACCUGUAUUUACCAUACAUAUGAUUUUGUAUUCUUUUAAAGGUACUGAAUGCACUGCAUUUUCCAAGGAAAAUUAUGUAUUUGGAGGCAUAUUGCAGACUAUAUUUGACUAUAAUUUCCAUGACAGAGCCACUGUUGAGAAGCUGUAUGCCAAUGCUAAGACUGAAGGCUGUUGUUGGGAUGAUUAAAACAAUUAUCAUUGUGUCAAAUGUAUGGGGUGGUGUGUCCUCAUUGCUUUUGGGUGGAACGAGUUGGGGGUCUUAAUCUCACACAUCCAGAAGGGUGUGUAUGUGCGAAGGAGUCUCUUACGCAUGGGCUGGAACCUAUUGAAGCUGAUUAGCAGACUGUUUCAUACACACAGAUGCAUACUUGCACUCACAUUACUUUUGAGACUGUCACAUCCCUGUUAGUUACUACAGCAGUUUGACAUAAUCCAGUUAAGUUCCUGUCAUAAUGUCACCUCACGACAGCUGCUUUAACCCAUUACAGUAUAAAGGGCUUAGUAGAAACUUUGGAUCCUAUCAGGAUGAUUCAAGAAAAACUUCGCUUUGACUAGCAGUAAAUAUGAUAUCAAUUGGUGUCCAGUGCAGCAUGUUCACUGUCUUAGAGCUUGUGUUUGUGGUUACUUUUCACGUCCUUGUUUCCCACAAGGGCUUUUCUAUUCCUGGAGGUUCCUAUGAUCCAAACCCAGGGGAAAGACAGAGCCACUUUUUCCAACUCGCUGAACUGGUGCAGACACACGGCUACCUGCUCACGUGUUAUUUUGACUCUGCAUGUGAUAUAGUUUGUAGGGAUUAGGUUACAAGUACACAGGGACCAACACUAACACUUGCCAAGCCAUGCAAGUAAAAAUUGGCUUUAGCAAGUAAAUAAAAUUUACACGCAGGGGUUGCGUUAACCAAAAAUUCUCCAUAAUUUACACAUUUUUGGAAACAUUGCUGGAUAAUUUCAAAUGAUCUCCAUCAUUUUGAAAGAUAAAAAAAAACAUUUCACCUUGUUCAUCAGUUUUGACUCCACUCUCUUGCACACACACACUCGUGUGUGUGUGUGUGUGUGUGUGUGUGUGUGUGUGUGUGUGUGCGCCCUGUUUAUUGCCAGGUGUGAAGGUGUGUAUAAACAGGUGCCAUCGCCAUGAACACCUGGUAAUACGCGUAUGCAGAGUUUACAGCCGGACCCAAAGGCUCAGUACCGCAGCGUGUAUGGCGCACUAAAGAGGAUUGUGCGGACGGAGGGCCUCCUUCGGCCCUUGAGGGGCCUCAAUAUCACUAUGCUGGGGGCUGGCCCCGCCCACGCACUCUAUUUUGCCUGCUACGAGCGAAUCAAACGCAACCUUAGCGAUGUCAUACAGAACGGAGGCAACAGUCACAUCGCAAAUGGAGUGGCAGGAAGUGUUGCCACUGUCCUCCAUGAUGCAGUCAUGAACCCAGCAGAAGUGGUGAAGCAGAGGAUGCAGAUGUAUAACUCUCCAUAUCGCAGCCUAUAUGACUGCGUUCUGACUAUCAGUCGUAGGGAAGGCCUAGCCGCCUUCUACCGCAGCUACAGCACUCAACUCACCAUGAACAUCCCAUUCCAGGCUGUUCACUUCAUCACCUAUGAGUUCAUGCAGGAACAUUUCAACCCUCAGCGCCAGUACCGACCCGAAACACACAUCCUGUCUGGAGCAGCUGCUGGAGCCGUGUCAGCUGCCGUGACAACGCCUUUAGACGUGUGUAAGACUCUGUUAAACACACAGGAGAAUGUAGCGCUUAGCUCUGCACAUGUUAGCGGACAUCUCUCGGGUAUGGUCAAUGCGCUCAGGACAGUUUACCGCCUUGGAGGCGUGCCGGCAUUCUUUAAAGGCAUCAGAGCGCGAGUGAUUUAUCAGAUGCCGUCUACAGCCAUCGCCUGGUCUGUGUAUGAGUUUUUUAAGUACUUUCUUACUCGACAUGAACCACACAUCCAGGAACCAGGAAGAGACACGGAGAAGGUUGGACCCACAUGAGGGUGACACUCUUUGGCCUGUUAGCACUGAAUCCAAAAGGCCCGGGUGAUCCAUAGAGGGGAAUGUUGAAGAUUGUGGGUAAAUCAAUGUGUAUGCCCAUUGAUAUGAAUCAAGUUAAAGAGGCUUUUGGCUCAAUGGGAAAUGUAGUCAUUUCUUAUGCAGUAUACACUCCAGCACCACACUUUUGUUGUUGUUGCAAACACAUUAAUUUAUUGGAAGAGUUUGUUGUUGUUACAAGAACAGGGGAUAUAUGGACAUUGCACACUAUGGAACAUAACUGCUCUUCGGAUAAUUUUAGUCAUGAUUAAACCCUCCUAACAUAUAUUUAUGACUGCAAAUUAUCUAACAUACAUGCUUGUAUAUACUGCAUAUUAUAUAAUAUGCAUAUACAGUAUAUACACAUGCACGUAUAUACACUGAUCAGCCACAACAUUAAAACCACCUGCCUAAUAUUGUGUAGGUCCCCCU